AUGUUUUUACUCUCGGAGGAUAAUACCGUGGAAGACGUCAUUAGCAAUUUGGCAGACAACUCACUACCUAGCAUUUCUCCAGGACAAGCCAAUAAAUUGGACAAUGACGUGAUGACGAAUGAGGGUUUAGGGACCAAUGGUAGAGGUGAGUCUAUUGGUAUUAGUUCUUUCGAUACUAACGAAAUAUCCCCACCUUCCAUUUUGCAGACACCUAUCAAGGAACUGAAGCCUUUGCCCGACCAUGUCAAGUAUGUGUUCUUGGGAGAGGGAAACACACUUCCAGUGAUUAUUUCGAGCAAGCUUACCAAGACUCAAGAAGAAGAGCUCGUGGCAGUUCUCCAGUCUCACAAGCAAGCAUUGGGUUGGACCAUCUCAGACAUAAAGGGAAUAAGUCCCUCAAUUUGCACGCAUCGCAUUUUACUGGAAACAGGAGCCGAACCUGUUCCUCAACCCCAACACCGCUUGAAUCCGGUGGUGUUGGAAGUCGUGAAAGCUGAGACUUUUGCUUGA